ACGGGCAUUUGGCAUGGAGUAGCAGGGGUCUUGGGAGAGGUGAGGAAGCCAGGACACCUCGGCUGUAGGUGGAAGGUCAGGGCCCAGUCGGCACCCAGACUGCUUUACCCCACACCCGCCUGUGCCAGGCUCAGCGUGGGCCUGUCUUGCUUCACUGCAUACCUCUCGUUCCACAGCCAAGCCAGCCCAGCCAGGGGGCGGGGAGGAGUCUCACACGGGGAAGGGGGGCGUGGGGGUUACAGUUCACCAGCUCAGUGAUGUCCUGUGUGACUGCCCGGGGGUAGGAUCAGCCCCUCAGAGGCCACGUUGCCAGAAGAGAACCGGAGCAAUCCUGGCUGGGGCCUUGGGGCAGGAAAUGAGACUGUCCCCAUCAGGACAGGUGCUCAGCCUUGGCUUGGGGUAGGAACCCAGAGGUUUCUAAUCUGUCGUAAUUAAUAAAGCUGGUGACAGUUCUGAUAAUUCUAAGCUUCUUGAAUUAGCCCCAGGAUCACGUUCUGGGCUGGUGACAGCCCCUGAGGGCCCCUUGGCAGCAGGUUCAAGCUCAUUGCUGAUCAAAGAUCAAUUGCUUGAUCAAAGAGUCAAAGAUCAACCCACCAAGGGGGGACAUUCAAGUUCAGGAAAUUGAAGCUUAGAGGUAAGCAGCUGCUGGUGGCUUCACCCCGGGCCUGGAGCACCCAGACCCAGGUCACUCACUGAGGACGAGCAGUUCAUAUGUGCAGGUGCUUUGAUCUGUGGCCACAGUUAUUACAACCUAGGAGGUGAGGAAAUCCACAGAAGCAGAAAUGAGCACCACCCACAUGCCCGUGGCACUCUGCUAAAUGACGGGGUCUGGUCUGAAUCCAGACGGACGACCCCAGAGCCCUGGGUUCCUCCCGGAGACCCCGUUCCCUUACUCAACUUCGGUUCUCCUUGGAGACUCCAAUGGCCAACCCCUAGGGCUGUGAGUCUCUAGACUUGUCCUCACCGACAUCCAGAGGAGGUGGCUCUGCUCCCUGGAUCCGUCCGCUACUGAAAGCUACGGUGGGCCUGUCUGUGGUCAUUCUCUGUCUGUCCCUGUCGCUUGUCUCUCAGUCACCUUCUCUCUCCUUGUCCCUCUUAUUCCAUUCUCUGGCUCCCAAUGAAAGCCGAGUCAGAGACAGACGCUUCCCCUUGACUCCCAGUGCCUCCCAUGGGGGCCCCUCCUUGGCUGCAUCCGUUAGUCACUCCCCCCACCCUCGUGGGGCGGGAGCCCAGGGCAGCCCGGAGGCCGGGGGGAGGGGGUGGACUUUUGGCCCAUUCCGUUUAUUCCCUCCAUCGCCUCGUCAACAGCUGCCGCACGCUCUUAGCUCAUUCCUCCGACCAACCUGCGGGGAAGCAGAGAGACCCAGAGAGAGGAGACAGAAACCGGGAGACAGACCUGCGGGGAAGCAGAGAGAGCCAGAGAGGGAAGGAGACAGAAACCAGGAAACAGACCAGAGCGAGGCCGAAGCCCAGGCUGCAGGUGGCCUUCUGCCCUCCCCCUCCCUCUCUCUCCCGCCUGCCUUAACAGCCCUCCUUAGCCAAAGCCGCUUCACCUUCCUCCGGGGCUCAGCCCCUUCCCCUCUCUGGGGCCCCAGGCGCCCCCUCGGGGCCUGCGUCCCACCAUGUCGGUGGCUGUGGAGACCUUCGGCUUCUUCAUGGCAGCCCUGGGGCUGCUGAUGCUGGGGGUGACCCUGCCAAACAGCUACUGGCGAGUGUCCACCGUGCACGGGAACGUCAUCACCACCAACACCAUCUUCGAGAACCUCUGGUAUAGCUGUGCUACCGACUCCCUCGGAGUCUACAACUGCUGGGAGUUCCCGUCCAUGCUGGCCCUCUCUGGGUACAUCCAGGCCUGCCGGGCGCUCAUGAUCACCGGCAUCCUCCUGGGCUUCCUGGGCCUCUUCCUGGGCAUGCUGGGGCUGCGCUGCACAAACAUUGGCAGCAUCGAGCUCUCCAGGAAAGCCAAGCUGGCGGCCACCGCAGGGGCCCUACACAUACUGGCUGGUGUCUGCGGCAUGGUGGCCAUCUCCUGGUACGCCUUCAACAUCACCCGGGACUUCUUCAACCCCUCGUAUCAAGGAACCAAGUACGAGCUGGGCCCCGCCCUCUACCUGGGCUGGAGCGCCUCGCUGCUCUCCAUCCUGGGCGGCUCCUGCCUCUGCGCUCACUGCUGCUGCGCCCCCGACGAGGACCCCGCCGCCAGGGCCCGGCCUCCCUACAAGGCCUCCGCGCUGCGCUCCGCCAGCCUCGCUGCCCGCCUGUCCCCCGCGGCCGCGGAUGAAGAAGACAGCAGCUUUGGCAAAUACGGAAAAAACGCUUACGUGUAGGAGGCCUGGCCUGUGGACCCCAUUCCCUUCCCACUGCCCCCAGCGGAGAGGGGUCCCCGGAACCCGGGCCGCAGGCACCGGCCCACGCUCCUUGUAACAACCUCAGGGGCAGACAGCGCCCCAGGCCCCGCCCCGUGCUCGGAAGCCAUGCCCAGCUGUGGCCGCACCGCGGGUCCCGUCUCUCCUAUGGGAGCUCAGCCCCGGACACGCGUCCUGCGUUUGGCCAAGAACCCGUCUCCUGAGAACUCACCUCGGACUCCUAAGGUCGGACCCCUCUUUUUCUUCUGAGUCUAGGCUCUGGGUGGUUAAGGGGGCCGAGCUGUCCCCGAGUGUUUGUAUUCUAUAUAAAUACAUACAUAAAUAAAUUUGUAUUGUGAACUGUC